CAUAUGUUUUCUUUUUAUUUUGCGGCUCGUUGAUUGUGGGCAGCUGUCGCGGUGGCCAGGAGCAGGAGAGACAAAACAAAGAGGGUGCCAGAGGAGUGGGCCAGGGCUGCCAGAUUGGGUAUGUACGACGGCGUAGAGGCACUCAUCCGAUCCAGCGGCUUCUUUGGGCAUGCACGCCUUUGACCUCGAUGGCACCUAUAUCUGGCCCUCGCUAACCGUCUCUCAUCUUCCCUCCCACCACCACUUACGUCCCCGCCCCCCUCCUUUCCGUUCUCCAGCACACUCUGCUCAUCGCUAGCCCCAACGUACUCAUCUCUAUAGAGCAUUCCGUGUACACACUGCCUUGUCGGAGCGCCCCAGUGCUCUCCUACUUGUCCUGACCUUUGUGGCACUUACAUCUCUUUCUAUAUCAUGUAUUGCGAGCAAUCGCAACACGUAGGAACAUACCCUGCACUUUCAUACCCAUCACUACACUUCCCUCCAUCCUCAUCGUUCGCGCCACAGUCCGCCAUGGACAUGGGCGUCGAUCGUAACGCAUUCGAGCCAGAGCUCGAGUAUACGUCCCAAUAUCCCUCUCAAUACCAUUACGCUACUUCCUCUAUACGGUACGAUGAUCAUCCCUCUACACCCUCAUCAUCCCGUCAGACCUCUCCGGAGGUCUCGAGCCACUCGCCACAACCCCCGCCACCGGGAGGCGAGCGGGCCAUGUACGCGAAACCUCUUCCAUCUCCGCAUCCAGACUACCUGGGUGUCAACAUAGAUGGGACUAUCACAGCUGAUCACCCUCUCGUCGACUUGUAUAUCAAUGCCGUUCCGCCCAAACGGAACCACGUUAUUCACCCAUUGGGGUACCUGCCCGACCCAGAUCGCGUCCGAAAGCUUGAACCCCAAGUCCCCCCGGUGGACCAGCUCAUCAACAUGCCUCGGCCUCUCACAGGAUUGGAGAACGAGAUCAUCUUCGCGCUUGCGGCGCUCAAGGUCUAUUACAAUGCUAGACACCCCAAGCAUUUCUCGUUCUGGACCGUGGGUGUUCGUCAGCGAACACUUUCCAGGAUCCAAUGGAUUAUGGACCUUAAACCGUGCCCUAUCCAAUCCCCCGUGGCUUGGAUGGACAAGGAUGCGCACGAAGGUUGGCUGAGAGCGCAUUACCGUCCAGAGUUCUACGGUGUCGCCGCUGUAAACGGUCGUUAUAAUACGAGGAAUGGCGGUAAUAAUAAAGGCAAGGAGAAAGCAACAGCUCCCACAAGGACUCAGCCUAAGAGGGCUAAGAGUUCGAGGAAGAAGGUUGCUUUUCCUGUUCCUGCUGUUGAAAACAGUGGGGAGAAUACUGUUGUCGAGGUUGUCGAGGGUCAGAAUGUUCUGCCUCGGAUCGUGGUCUCGCCUGAGGUGGCGACCAAGGAAGGCAAACUUGAGCGAAUGGCUUCCCCUGCAGGGGAGGCUCUUGCUCAGUUGCCAGAAUUGGGUCUUUCGCCUCUCACUAUUACGCCCAGCUCUUCCGCCACAGCCGUUAUCAAACGCACUCGUGUUACUACCUCCACGACUCCCGCACCAGUACCUUCUCGUCGUUCAGCUCGUCAAGCACACAAACGACCAGCGCCUGCACCUGUUGUUGGGGCGUUGCCUACAACUCCCACCCCACCCACCUUGCCUUCGGAUACUUCCCCCUCUGCAUCGGCGUCUGCCACCGCCUCUGGCCCAUCUUCAUCUGAUUCUCUUACGGUCCCACUACCUGUGGAAGAGGACGGUGGGAGCGGAGAGAGACCUGCACAUAAACGCUCUCGAUCAAACUCGAGUGCUACGUCUGGUACGAGCACUUUGGUCAGUGAUGGGAGCACAGCUGUGGAAAGUUCUCCCGCGGUUGAGUUGGUCAAGUUGAAAGGAUUAGGAUUGGAGUUGGAUGUGGAUGGAGAUGUGGAGAUGACUGUCGUCAAGGCCGAUGUUAAGGCCAAAGGGAAAGGAAAAGCUAAAGAGAAGGCCAGCCCGACUGCGAACACGACUACGAGAGGUACGAAACGGAAACGCGGUGAUGAGGAGGAGCAGGAACAACAAGGACGGGAAGAAGGGCGAGAACAUCAGGAGAAGCCGACGAGAGCAUCGACGAGAGCGAGAAAGACUACUGCUCGUGCUACUGCUCGUGCUACCGAGACUAAGCAGGAGAAUAAGCCACAAGAGAAGAAGGCACAAGACAAGGCUGACAAGGUUGGCAAAGCUCCUCCUGCGAAGAAAGCUAAGACUGUGGCGAAGGGCCGGUCCACUAGUGGCAGGAAGACUGCUAUCUCGUCGUGAAGUCUUAGUCGAUCCUCGUGCCUCCUUUCCCCAGCUCGCUUCGUCCUCUCUACCCAUCGGCUGCUCGCACGCGCUCUCCUCACUCCUCCACAAUAGACGGCAUUUCUAAUUUGACGUCCUCUCUUCAAGCAGUCUCCCUCUAUCCUCCGUAUUCCGUUUCACAUCGUGUCUAUCAGGGCUCGAGAUUCUAUCUCUAUCCUAUCAUCAUCAAUUAUUCUUUUCUAUUUCUUUCUCUUUUUUUGAUUCGGUUUGUUUGUUGCAUUACUAGUGUCACAUGUAUCGGACUCUAAUCCCCUCAUCUCUAUUCCCCCACUCCCCGAUCUGAGUAUCCUCGGCCAAACCGUGGAUUAUCCUCCUCGUCCUCGCCGUUUGGAUUUUUUUCUUUUUUUCUUGGUUGAUUGGUCUUGUAUACCUGUACUCGUAUUAUUAUACCAGCGCAUUGUACGAUAUAUCCCCUUCCAUCCCCCAUCCUCCAAUCCUCUUAUACCUUCUCACCCAUUACUCCCCUCUCACAUUCUUCCCGCCAUCAUCCAUCGUCUGGUUAGCUCAUCACAUCCCCAUCCUAUCUCGUCGUCUCGCGCAUUGGUUUUUGUUCUUGUAUCUAGUGGAGAAUAUUUUCUGUAUCGAUUGCAAUUGUCUCUCGCGUUCCCUCUC